ACACUGAAAAUCUUGAAAGAAAGCAAAGCAUGGCACAGGCAACAGUUACACCGCAAGAUCAACAGGCAGAAUAUUUUUCCUUGUUGAGUGGCCACACCAUACCAGCGGUUGGGUUUGGCACUUGGAAAUCUGGUUCAAAAGCUGGCGAAUCUGUGUUCACUGCCAUUGUUGAGGCUGGUUAUAGGCACAUAGACACGGCUGCGGCGUAUGGAGUUCAAAAAGAGGUUGGGCAGGGACUCAAGGCUGCCAUGUCGGCAGGAGUUGAGAGGAAGGAACUCUUUGUUACUUCUAAGCUAUGGUGCUCUGAUUUGUCCCCAGAUAUGGUUCGUCCAGCACUGAAAAAUACCCUUCAAGAGCUCCAACUUGAUUACCUAGACCUUUACUUGAUUCACUGGCCUUUCCACCUUAAAGAUGGUGCCAGCAAACCCCCCAAGCCUGGUGAUAUAUUGGACUUCGACAUGGAAGGGGUUUGGAGAGAAAUGGAGAAGCUUGUCAAGGAAAAUCUCGUUAAAGACAUUGGGGUUUGCAAUUUUAGUCUUAAGAAGCUCAAUAAGCUACUGGGCAUUGCCCAAACUAAUACUAUGCCCUCUGUGUGUCAGAUGGAAAUGCAUCCUGCGUGGAGAAAUGAUAAAAUGCUAGGGGCUUGCAAGAAGAAUGGCGUUCAUGUCACUGCUUACACACCACUGGGCUCAUCAGAAGGAGGUAGAGAUCUGAUCCAUGAUCAGACUGUAGAAACGAUAGCAAGGAAGCUUAACAAGAGCCCGGGUCAGGUGCUAGUGAGAUGGGCCAUCCAGAGAGGAACAAGUGCGAUUCCCAAAUCAAGCAAUCCAGAGAGGAUCAAAGAGAACAUCAAGGUCUUUGGGUGGAAAAUCCCAGAGCAAGACUUCCAAGCCCUUUGCAGUAUCUCAGAUCAAAGACGAGUCCUGGAUGGUGAAGAUUUGUUUGUGAACAAGGAAUCAGGGCCAUUCAGAAGCGCAGAUGAUAUAUGGGAUCAUGAGGAUCAGUGACUAGCUUAUGAGGUAGCCCCUAGAAUGGACCUCAACUUUUGGGGAAUGAGCUUGAGCUCAGCUCAAUGACUUUCUUGUACUGUUGCAACAAAAUAAAUAAAGUUUUUUAAUUUUCAAUUUUACAAGGCAAUUGCUUAUAUGAAAAUUAUGACAUGGGAUUAUA